CCGCCCCCCAGCCAGGCCUUAUCUUCGGCCCCGAGACCUCUGCUUGCGCACUGCUGGCUGUGGGAGGCGUUGCGGGGAGAUUGGCGCCCAAGUCUUUUCCAGGUCAUUAGUGUCUCAGCAACUCAGCUGUGCACGAGCAGAGCCGCCAUGGGAGCCAGUCAGAAGGAUUUUGAAAAUGCAAUGAAUCAGGUGAAACUCUUGAAGGAGGAUCCAGGAAAUGACGCCAAGCUAAAACUCUACGCACUGUAUAAGCAGGCCACAGAAGGACCUUGUAAUGUACCCGAACCAGGUGUGCUCAACUCCAUCAGCAAGGCCAAGUGGGAUGCGUGGAACGCCCUUGGCAGCCUGCCCAAGGAGGCUGCACGGCAGGACUAUGUGGAGUUUGUGUCCAGCUUAAGUCCUUCACCUAAAUCCUGUAGCUUGGAGGGGCCUGGAGCCAACAGGAGCCUGCCUGAGUCUGAAGACAUCGUCGUGACCACCGAAGAGAACAUCACUACAAUCAUGUUCAACCGGCCAACCAAAAAAAACGCCCUCACCAAUGAGAUGUAUCAAGAUAUCAUGCUUGCAAUGAAAGCUGCAAGCAAAGAUAACUCAACCAUAACUGUUUUUACAGGAAGUGGCGACUAUUACAGUAGUGGGAAUGAUCUGACUAACUUCAUGAAGAUCUCUGGUGAUUUAAAGCAGGUGGCUAAAGAGAGCUCCAUUACACUGAGGAAGUUUGUAGACAGUUUUAUAGACUUCCCUAAGCCGCUGGUCGCGGUGGUGAAUGGUCCAGCCAUGGGAAUCGCCGCCACCGUUCUUGGGCUGUUUGAUGCUGUGUAUGCGUCCAACAGGGCAACGUUUCACACUCCAUUUAGUGGACUCGGCCUAACCCCGGAAGGAUGUUCCUCUUACACUUUCCCAAAGAUAAUGGGCCGGGCCAAGGCAACUGAGAUGCUUAUUUUUGGGAAGAAGAUUACAGCAACAGAGGCAUGUGCUCAAGGCCUUGUUACGGAAGUUUUUCCCGAUGACAGUUUCCAGAAAGAAGUCUGGGCCAGGUUGAAAGCCUAUGCCAAGAACCCUCCAAAUGCAAUGAGAAUUGGAAAGCAGUUAAUAAGAAGCACUGAGAAAGAAAAUCUGCACGCAGUCAACGCUGAGGAGUGCAGAGUCCUGCAGGAGAGGUGGGUGUCCGAGGAGUGCAUGAAUGGCAUCCAGAACUUCCUCUCCAGAAAAGCGAAACUGUGAGCUCGCCAGCAGCUGCGAGAAGCAUCCUUGGAAGGGGAGCGCUGCUGAUUCUGCUCUUAAAUCAACUUCACUGUGCCUUUUUAAAAUGCUCAGACACCAGUUAUAUACUGUUGUACUUACAGCCCUAAGAAUAAAAACUUUUCUAACAAAUUCA